AUGGCAAUGAUAAUUCAAAAUUGGAUGAUUGGUGAUACCACUAUCGAUGAUGAGUUACAGCUUUUGAGAAGUAAAAAACAAGGUUUGUGUGCACUAGUGGAUGAUCUAAACAUCCAGCUUGAGGCUGACGAAAUGCAGCCUGGCAAGAAACGCAAGAGGGUAGUGGGAAAUUGGUUAAAGAAUGUGGAGGAAUUGCUCAUCGAAGUGCAAUAUUUCGACCAAGAUGUUGAAAGGGGUUUAUUUUCUUCAACUAAGAAGUUGAAGAGAGAAGUUUUGAGCCUUGAACGAGAGAUGGAAGAUCUAAUGGAGCAAGGAAAAUUUCCUGGUGGACUUACGUUAGAUGAUCAUGCAUGCUCAAGUGUGCCACUAGUGACAACAAAUUUGAAAGCUAAGUUAUUUGAAGAAAAUAUGAAGAUGAUCUUGUCAUGGUUGUUAAAUGAAGAUUUGUGUAGAAUUGGAGUUUACGGUCUAGGAGGUGUUGGUAAAACAACACUAGCAAAACAUAUUCAUAAUAAGCUUCUUGAAGGUGCUAAAACUUCUAUGCAUAUUUAUUGGGUGACUGUAUCCCAAGAAAAUACUAUAGCUACUCUACAGAAUAAAAUUGCAAAAGCUGCAAAAGUUGAACACAUUUUGCUUCAAGAUGACGAUGAUACUAAAAGAGCUGCAAACUUAUAUGCUGCAUUGAAGAAGAGGAAGAAAGUAGUGCUUUUCCUUGAUGAUAUGUGGAAGAACUUUGAGGUAGAGAAGGUUGGAAUUCCUGUUGGAAAAGAUGAAUGCAGGAGAAACAACUGGACAAGGGAUACACCAUUUUGA